CGCAUUUCUAGAGCAGACGUCACGGGCGGGCAAGUUUGGGCUAGCCCAUGAGCUAGCCACUGCGAUCCUCACGAAAGCGUGAAAAUUAAUGCGUUGAAAAAAUUUGUGCCCCUUAUGCGCAUCUUAAAAUUGCUGCCGCUACCACGCGGCUUACGAGUAUUGCCUGAGGCGACAGUGGUUUUAUUCGUUCGCUGGACUUAAUCGCCGUUUCAGCAUUCUCAAAAUUCCCGUUCUUCCCUCUGUGUUGCUUGCCGCGGGGACGCGCACAGACUGACGGCUUGCUUCUGUGUGUCGACUCCCGUGGCGUCGCAUAUCUCCGGACUGUCUGAAUCGUGUAACAUUCAAUCUUUCGUUUGCGAAGCAUCAUACUUCGGCGCAAUGGCGAACCACUUCCUCCCCGAUCUCAAGCUUGUCCUGAAGGGCGCCGAACAAGUGGCGAAAGCCCUGUGCGAGCACGGCGCCUCCGAACUUCGACAGUCGUGGCACAAUUCGAGCGUCCGGACGGUGGCGAAGAGGGUGACCAUGGACGUCGAAGAUGUGGUCAGCAACGCCGUAGCCAACCCUCAGAAGGCUGGGUUAGAAGCUACAAAAGCUGUCUCCGAGACCGUGCAGAGGUUGUCCAUGGUACCCGAGGGCAUCAAGCAGUUUACGGUGCACGCGAUCCAGCAUGCACGGCAUCAAGAUGCCCACGCAGUGGAUGCGUCUAAGAAGCCACCGUGGGAUGGCUUACAAGACGAAACCCAUCUUGGCUACACGUCUAGCACCAUUCCAGAGGUGUCUGCAGCCUACACCAAGCAUGGCAGGAACGUCGAUGUGGCAGCUGGCACUGUGCUAGAAACCCCCACGGUGUACAGCCAGCAUGUCGGCAGCGCCGACACUAUGCCCAGUCCAACCACGAGCGGCGUUGCUUCGUCAACACUGGACAGACCCGUUUCGCCAGUAGAGCCAAGCGUAACAACGGAACAAAAGCCCGAUGCCCAGUUUAUACAGCAGCGACCCGUCUCUUCUGGAAGCGCACCGGUGAAACCACAUUUCGUGACCACAAGUUAUAAACCAAUGCUGACUGAGCACUCCAAGGCCUCAAAAGUGCCUGCUUCAAGAGUCGGAAGGCUCAUUUCAUACGGAGGUCUUGCUGCUGGACUGGGCCUAGGGGCGCUUGCGGAAGUGACCCGACGGACCCUGGGCAUGACGGACUCAAAGACGGACAUCGGCUCAGCUGUGUUGAAUUCUGACAACCCGUUCCUGACCCAGGCAAACAUCAGCCGCAUUGUGGACACGCUCUGCAAGGUCCGCGGAGCCGCACUAAAGAUUGGUCAGGUCCUCAGCAUUCAGGAUAAUACACUCAUCAGUCCCCAAAUCCAGGCAAUAUUUGAGCGUGUCAGGCACUCUGCAGACUUCAUGCCUGAGUGGCAAAUGGAGAGGGUGAUGGUGCAAGAAUUCGGACCCGACUGGGAAUCAAAGGUGGCAUCGUUCGAACGCAAGCCGUUUGCGGCAGCCUCCAUCGGCCAAGUUCAUCAUGCCACUCUGCACGAUGGCAGAGCAGUGGCAGUAAAAAUUCAGUAUCCCGGUGUAGCCAAAGGAAUCAACAGCGACAUCAACAACCUCAUGGCCAUACUCAAGUACUGGGACAUAAUCCCAAAAGGCAUGUACAUUGACAAUGUCGUAUCCGUGGCCCGCCGGGAACUCACCUGGGAAGUAGACUACGUGCGGGAGGCCGAGUGUGCCAAGAAGUUCAAGAAACUGGUGGAGCCAUAUCCUGAAUACUAUGUCCCAGAUGUCAUCGACGAAUUGUCGACAGGCCAGGUGUACACGAUGGAGCUCAUCACGGGGACCCCUGUAGACAAGCUCGUCGACGCUUCGCAGGAACUGAGGAACAAGGUCAGUUACAACAUGCUGAAGCUGUGCCUGCUGGAGCUGUACGACUUCAACUUCAUGCAGACGGAUCCCAACUGGUCAAACUUCUUCUACAACAGUGACACUGACCAGCUCAUGCUCCUAGACUUCGGUGCGUGCCGGGAAUUUGAUAAGAGCUUUGUGGACAAGUACAUGCGGGUGAUCAAGGCAGCAGCCGACUGUGAUGAAGCCAAGGUGCUCGCAUAUUCCAAAGAUCUCGGCUUUCUCACCGGCUACGAAGCCAAGGUGAUGCAGAAGGCGCACGUCGACGCGGUCAUGAUUCUGGGUGAAGCGUUCUCCAAGGACGGCCCCUUCGACUUUGGGACACAGAACACGACACGCCGGAUACAGAACCUGGUGCCCGUGAUGCUGCAGCACCGGCUGACACCGCCUCCCGAAGAGACGUACUCGUUGCAUCGAAAGAUGUCCGGGAUAUUCCUGCUCUGCGCCAAGUUGCGCGCCAACAUCAACUGCAAGAAAAUGUUUGACGAGACCUACGCUCGAUACCGAUUCGAGAGCUGAUGCAUCGUACAUUGGCGAUGCGGGUCGACGGUACUAGUGUAGCAUAAGGAAUGGUCCUCGUAAGGCUUAGGUCCGCAUUCACGGAUUUCGAGUACUGGAUCAUUGGAUUGUUGUGACAAGACAUGCCACCCAUGCUGUUGUGAUAGUCAAUUCUUUACGAGUAUUUGCCGCAAGUGACCCUGUGAGUGCGUCAAUAGACCCUUUUCCUUAUUCUCAAGUGCGCUUCAUCGCAAUGCACGUUCAGUCAACUAAUGGCGGCACUGGUCAUAGUUCGAUUGAAGACGAGGUGUUUGCUGCUUAUGCUGGCAUUAGUUAGGCUAAUCACCUUGCAGGAAAGCUAACGUUAUAAUUAAGAAGCUAGUCCAUUAUGAUUGCUUUUUAGGUAAACAAUGGCACCUGCCUCCCACAGGACGUCUGCAUUCAUAGCUCUGAAGUGGAGUGUGCAGGUAACACUAUUUUGUAGCUACGGCACGUUCAGAUUUUGCAAUGUGGACAGUUGCACCGAUAUGCAUGCAGUAAUCCUCCCAAAGCAAGUAACCAUUGCCUUUUGAACACGAUGCUUUUAUAAGUAUAGUCUGCGAUUGAAGCAAUUGUCUUACGUAUGCAGUGUCCUUUGAAACUACUAUGGCAUUAAGUCUGAAAGCUUGUUGCAAGUAUGUGAAGCCGAAGCUUUUGGCAGCUGUCCCACGUUUAAUGAAAGUGCCGCACUUUUUCCAAUGCGAUACUGUUUCUAAUUAACGUUUUCAUGUGAUCAGUGAUGAUCAACCAGCUAGUCAUAGUAGAACUGUAUAUUUUGGGCACAUAACCCACCACAACUGCGUAUAACCCGCACCCUCAAUUACAAAAGCCCGGAGAGAAAAAAAUAUAUACAUAUAUCUGCGCGUAUAAUCCGCGGAAACCACUGCGUACAACACUCAAAUGUUCGCAAGAACAGUCUCCACUCGCAGAUGCACAACUUGUCCAUGUUGUAUCUUUGGCCAGAGGCUCAGCUCCCCCAUUCUUCGGCCAUGCUGACGAUGCUGGACUCACGUGCGGGACAUUAUCACGGACGACUCAGUCACAGGACAUGAAUCUGAUCACUUGGCAGCUAGCACCCUUGCCCGCACGACAGCAUAUGACAGCGCACAUGGAGAAGCCCUCACAUGGACAACGACGGCAGAGCACAUGCGACCGAGCCGAAAAUCCCAACGGUGAUUUGGCUCACCGCCGUAUCGCAAAGCAUUUCGCGCAGACCAAGGGAGCGUCAUGGGUGCAGGCGACUCACCAGUUUGCCGGCGCAGAAUGCGCUAACUACUUAAACGCAAAAUGGCGACCUGUAAAGAGAAGAGGAAUGGGCGACCAUGAAAGAGGGGAGCUUCAACAUGCAGGAGUGGGGUUCCCGAGAAUAUAACGAAACGUUGAAUGGCGCAGAAUCUUGCCUUGAAGUGUAGCUUCACAGCAGCGCAGUGCGCGUUGCCGUGAAGCCACACUUCAAGGCAAGAUUUACAUACAACCCUCACUGCCCACUUUACUGUAAGAAUUUUUUUUAUGCGGGUUAUACGCACAAAAGUGCGGUACUUUGACUUGCUUGGCAAGCAUUGCUGCAUCGGCGAGUAAAAAACAACACCAAGAAGGCAGCGGCAAAGAAUUUGCAAAUAGUCUGUGCCAUUUGUAAGCAGUGUAGGCCAUAUCCACAACACACCUUGACUUUUCCGAAAGCAGUGUCACUAACUGGUAUAGUCAAUGCACCUUUGACAUUCCUUGGCUAUAUUAAAGUUACUUCAUUAUUA